GCGGUCUGUUCUUGCAGCAGUCUACUUCUAGCGAAAACAUUAACAGAUCCGCAUUUCGACAUUAGGGCUAUUCACUAAAUACCGGAGUACAGUACUGCAGUGUAUGUUCCUAUAAUGUAAAAUAUCAGUGUAGCCUACUGUGUUUUUAUCACUGUCUCUCUAAAGAAGCACCCCUGCAUAAAUUAGGCUAUUUUUAUUGUUUCCGAAACAGGAAGUUUUCAACGGUUGUCCGCAUGUCCUAAUUAUUUUUUCACACGCUAGACCGAAAUGGAAAUUCUUCAGACAGCCGAUCUGUUUAGAGCUGAAGGACGAAACAACGUAGUGUCAUCCAAAUAUUGUGGAAAGUAGAUGCCUGUACAUGUAUUUGAUGUAUUUUCAGAGUUAAUUGAAAAGUAAAUUAUUAAUUUCCAUUUCGUGGGUCGACAAGACUGAACGUUUUUAAAUCGAUAUUGCGAGAUAGUCAUUACAAGUGAGGUAAAAUUGAUCUGGAAUUUACUGGACUUCUACCAACCAACAUCUCUGAAGAAUAUGUAUCUGCAAUACAGGUCACGCCUGGAGCACUUACAAGAAUCUCUUUCGCUGCCGUAAGACCGGACUCUGGCUGGGGACCUCAAUAGCGUUGCCGCACUGUCACACAGAUAAGACGCGGCACUACUUCAAAGAUUCCUGGCAUUAGUAUUCCGAGCUGAUUCAAAAAGUUUCCCGAGGAACAUCUAAAAUUCCAGUACUUAGAGCUGAACGCGUCCUUUGACCUCUCGUGGACCUUUCCUUAGAGUGAUGGAUGUUUAUGAGGAGGCAGUGGGCUACCUGCAGACAUGUGGUAUCACUGUGAGUGCAGAGAGCGAGAUGGGGCCUGAUCUGUUGGAUGACGUGUUUGAAGUGGUGACUGAAGUGGGCUUUGCUCCUAGCCCCCUCCACGCUGAUAGCAUUGACUUCCCUGACACACCUACAUACUGCAUCCCUGAGAUGAUGUUGGAGAGGAGGCUGGUGGUCCUUACAAGUAUCCUGACCAGUGAAGAGCUGUAUCUGAGUGAGCUGGAGACACUGCUGACGCCCAUGAAGGCUCUGAAGGCGUCAGCUGGCACAUCCCAGCCGGUCCUGUCUGCCCAGCAGGUGCGGACAGUGUUCUUCCAGGUGCCGGAACUACGUGACCUGCAUACGGAGUUCUACACCGCGCUGAAGGCCAGACUGGAGCCGGCGCCGGGACAGGAGCCACAGGGGGGCGCACAGCCAUCCCCUGUGGGGGACCUGUUCCUGAGAAUGGUCAGUCAGUUGGGAGUGUACCGUGGCUUCAUUGAUAACUACGAGAGCGCCGUGGAGAUUGUGAGGAAGUGUACCCAGUCAGACCAGCGCUUCAGGACAUUGGCACAGAGUAUGAUGUCUUGUAAAGGGUCAGACAACAGCAAGACAACAUACACGUUUGAAGCUCUCCUGUAUAAGCCUUUGGAUCGUGUGACAAAGACCACCCUGGUGUUACACGACCUGCUGAAGCACACCCCCCAGGACCACCAGGACCACGCCUUGCUCCAGGAGGCUCUGCGCAUCUCCAGCAGCUUCCUGUCAGGAGUCAACGAGGAGUCCCAGUGCAAGAGGGCUGUCACACUCAGCACAGGCAUGAGACGGCAGCUGAUACGGGAUGGGUUCGUGGUGGAUAUGUGCGAGGGGGGCCGGAGCAUACGACAUCUCUUCCUGUACACAGACCUGCUGCUGUGUGUGAAGCUGAAGGGCGGCUCAGCUGGGAAGCAGGCUAAUUACAGGUUCAGCUGGUACCUGCCGCUGGCGGGACUGCGGGUGCACUGGGGUUCAGAGCAGGAGCUGUCCACAGACUUACAGUUCCGGGUCAGCACCAUGAGGGGCAAAAUGUUCCAGCUGAGACAGGAGCUCAAAGAGCAGGGGAGAGGCAGUAAAGCGGCGUGGUCUCGUACCCUGGAUCGCAGCCGCAGGAAGCUGCAGCAGGCUGAACUAUGGCUGUUGACUCACUCGCCCGUCCUCCCCCUGGAGCUGCACAGCCCAAACGGCAAGAGCCACACUCUUGUGUUUUCUUUGCUGUAUGAGCUGGAGGAGUGGAGAGAGGCCAUUGAAAAACUGAAAGGAGAGAACAUAGAAACUGUUCCACCCGACUUGCUGACCCUUACCAGCUCAUGUGCCAAACUAAGAAUGACCCAGAAUCCACAUCUUCAAAGCUUAGUUCCUGCCCGUGAGGACAAAUCUCUGUGUGGGACCCUUAGUGUUGCUGUUCACUCAGCUUGUGGACUUCAGCAACCUGCAAGUCUGUAUAUAUGCCUGGAAGUGGACGGAUACAGGUUUUACGACAACAGGGCCCAGUCUCACCCCUCUCUCUGCAGCCUGACACCACAGUGGGAUGAGGAGUUCUCCUUGCAGGUGGAUGAGGCGCAGUGUCUCAGGGUGCUGUGUGUAAUGCAAGCGGAGUGUGGGAAGAGUGGGCAGAUCCAGGGAAGAAGCUCCAUACAGUUGGAUCCCUCCGUUAUACUGAAGAAGUGGAAGAAGUACAUAGUGUCUAUGAACCAGAUAGAGGUACAUCUGUCCCUCAAGUAUUCGCCUCACCCCCUGGAGCCCCCCAGCAGUGUCCCCAUCCAGCAACAGCCGGUCUUUAAUAUUCCAAUUGGAGAUUUAGCACAGCAGGAGGGGGUGCUGGUACCCCACAUUGUGCGGUCCUGUACGGAGGAGGUGGAGCACAGGGGCCUGGAGGAGGUGGGCAUCUACAGGAUCUCUGGAGCUACCAGCGACAUCCAGGCUUUAAAGAGCACCUUCGACACCAAUUUGCGGGAGGCUGUGUCCCGGCUGCGGUGUGUGGAUGUGCAUGCUGUGUCUGGAGCACUCAAGCUGUAUUUCCGGGACCUGCCAGAACCCCUUAUCCCAAGAGAGCAGUUCCGGAGCCUGGCUGAUGCCCUGGCUAUCCCUGACAUGAGCUCCAGGAUGGAGUCAAUGUGUAGCAUACUUCAGUCCUGCCCUGUUGUCAACCGCAACACCUUCCUCUUCCUCCUGCACCACCUCAGACGGGUGGCUGAAAAAGAAGCGAUCAACAAAAUGUCUCUGAUGAAUUUGGCAACAGUGUUUGGCCCCAGCUUAGUUCGCCCCCCAGAGGCUGUUCUUGGGCAGUGCAGCCCACACGUUGACAUCUCUCAGGAGGUUGUGGUCCAGGUCCAAGUGGUGUAUUUCUACCUUCAGUGCAACAAUCUCCCAGCACCCAUGACCACAGUGCCCCUGAACACAGAAGAGGAAGAGAUCACUACAUGAGGCUUUUGCAUCAGUCGAAACGUUUUGUAAAAACUUUGAAUAUAUUUAUUGUGUGUCCCCCUCAAAGAGACUUCUCCCGCUCUUACAGAAAUGUCCAGAAAGCCUAUUUAAGAUCCUAUAGUGAAUUAAUUUGAUGUUGUGGUAAUAAAGCUAAUUGUUUAAGGUAUUUAAUAUGUUGAAUAACCCUUGUGAGGGCCAUGUUUACUGUUAGUCCACAUAGAUUCAGGGGAUUUAAUUUAAUAAUUAAAAAAAAAAAUGUCCCCAGGCAGACAAUGGCUUCUUAUAAUAUGUGUGUUUAUGUGCAUGAAUAUUUAAUCAUUAAAGCAAUGCAGUGCUGUUGAAAGCAUCAGUGAAUAAUCAUGAUUAAAUAUGCUUGUAAAUUUC